CCCCUUGGGAGAGUAGUGCAGAUGCGUGCGUGUGUGCUUCAGCUUGUUCUCAUGUGCACAAGACAACACCAGCCCUUUUUGUUCAUUGAGAAGAAAGGAGGAUGACAUGUAAUCACCUGAGACGACUGUUGGUACUUUCCACCAUAGCGUGCGCUAUAAAAGGGACCUACAGCAUCCCAGAUGCACAAGAUUUCCAAACGAAAGUCUCGAUUAUGCUGGAAGAGGAGCCAGAUAACCCCAAAUGCUUUAUGGAUAGCAAGAAGGAAUUCACUUGCUUCUGGGAGGAAGAUGAGGAUGGCUCUGUGGAUCAGUAUACCUUCCUAUACGCCUAUCGAGACAAGAACAAUAGUGAAUGCCCACUGACAAACUACACGACACAGGAGGGAAAGAGGCUGUACAUCUGUCACUUGGAUUAUGCUACAAUGUUUGACCAAAUGCACAUUAAAAUUCAUCAAGAAGGAAGGCUGAUCCACAACCGCAGCCUUUUGGUGGAGGAUUUGUUUUUGCUGGACCCUCCCACAAACGUCACUCUUAGUACUACAGGUCAACAUGAUGAGCUAAAUGUCAGCUGGUUGCCUCCUCCUCCGAAACAUAUGGAUGACAGCUUUAUGUACGAGGUCUCCUAUGCAAUGGCCGGAAGCCAUGUGCCGCAGGUAGAGGUGGUACGAGCCAGCUCCAGGACGAUCUUAAAAGACCUACAACCAAGCACUAAGCAUGAGGUGCGGGUUCGGGUAAAACUGGAUGACGUUAGUUAUGAUGGCUACUGGAGUGUGUGGAGUGACCCAGUGUUCUUGGAGACACCACCUGAAGAAUUUAACCCACUAAUUCUGUGCCUAAUCCUUAUCAUGGCUUUCAUUCUGAUGGCACUGUCUUUCACACUGCUCGUAUCCAAUCGCAGGUUUCUGAGAAAGAAGAUUUGGCCAACUAUUCCAACUCCUGAUGGCAAGUUUAAAGGUCUUUUUACUGAUUACGGUGGAGACUUUCAGGAGUGGUUGAAGCAGACGAAUGAAGGUUUGUGGUUGACGCCAACUUUAUUUUACAACGAGGAAUACCCAAAUUCUCUGGAGGUUCUCUCAGAGCUAAGCCUGAAUCACCCGCAACCCCCUCCACCUCUACCACCAAAAAUGUCCAGUGCUUUUACACUACAAUGUACAGAGGAUGUGCAGAAGAGUUUGGAUUUAGCACUGAGAAAAAUACCUCAUAAAUAUUGGCUGAUGGACAACCUAAGGGUGCAGAACCAGCACCCAGUUCCUUGCUCCCAGUCAUCUCUACUGGAGUCUCAAGACACUUAUGUAACCCUCACCGGGAACAACCACAACCAAGACAACAUUCUUGGAGAUUCUUUGCCAGUAGAGGUGCUAUUGGCCUUGAAAAAGACUACUAUAUUGGCUGAAGCGCAAUGAUCUAGGUUUGUACCAUAGCGCCAGGAUCCAAAGAAUGCCUGGAAACCCCAAAGACAUCGGGUACAAACGUUAAGUUCUCUACGGAGUAGUCCCAGGAGCAGAGCAAAUUUAUGCUUGCUCAAGAAUGAUCGUUCCUGCCAACGUGGUCACUCGUCCGAGAUGAAUCCUGAGAAGAUAUAAACCAAGACAGAUAGGCAUGAGGCAUGCAGUUUAGAAGGUUAAAGACCAAGAACUAUCUCCAUCAGUUCUUAGUUAUCAAAGACUCCGGUGAUAAGAGCAUAGUACCUUGUAAUGAUAGUCUUUGUGUUGUUCUCACGAAACACUAGCAUUAAGAAAACUAAGGGAAUGACAUCACAAUUCAAAUUCUUUUCAAUGGGAUUGUAGCUCAACAUCAAGACAAUUAGGGUGGCAAAAUUAACUAAUUGGCUGAGAUUGACGGCAAAUCCAUUUGAACUGCGAUGGCUGGCGGCAAAUUAGCAAAUGUUCAUUGGCCGACAGCCCUCUCAGUUCAAAUGGAUUGGAUGUCUACUACUACUAGUGACAAACUCAUUGAAAUUCACAGAAGGAUGAAAAGAGCCAUGUGAUUGGAUGUCCAGAUCAGAUCAGAUUCAACUUUGUUGGUAUUGCACACAUACAGUACAAGUACAGUGCUACAAGAUGCAGUUUGGAUCUGACCAGAAGUGCAGAAAAGAGCAGCAAAAAGAUACAACAGUGAAUAAACAAAUUAAAAUUAAAUUCAUUGAUAAUCGUCUAUGGCAUUAAAAGAGUUAACUUUCCACAAUUUGCUUUUAACGAGAAAAUUGGCAGGAAACCGCUUAAGUUGUCAUUGAUGUUGGCACUUUGAGCAGAUUUAUUCAUCAUUUAAUACAACUAAAUAGUGAACUUCCUAAUUACUUCAGGUUUGCUGUGAUGUCUAUGAAGUGUAUUUGAAUAUACAUAAUAAUUACCAAAAAUAUACUGUAUUUGUAAAUAAUAUAUUUUAGUCUUUAGAACUGAUAUGUUUUGUUGGCAUUUCCAAACACAGAAACUAGAAGACACUUCUACCAAGGGCGUAGGUUUGCAUAGGGACGGUAGGGACAAAACACUACCAACUUUUCAGGAUGCUUGGAUUGUCCCUACCAACUUUUAAGCAACUUCAUUUGCGUUAUAUAAUGGCUUCAGUUAUGUAGGUCAUUUAGAUUGUCUUUCCAUAUGUUUUAAUUGUUGUAAUUGACCCUACCAUUAUUAGGUGAAUUAUUUUCAGUAUGUUCAGACAUGCAUGUACCUCUUUUCACUUGCUAAAUGUGCCGGUCCAAUUUUUUCUUCCUAAAAGCACAUUUGAUUGGCUUAAGACUUGCCCCCCCCCCCCCCCCACACACACACAGACAUUAAAUAUUAGGGAUAUUAGACGUUUUCUUUCUUUUUUUUCCCCAGCCAGCAGCAGCCACUGUAAGAAAUGUAAAAAGACGUCAAUGUUGUGGAAGCGGGGAACACACCACUACUUUUGCCACUGAAAGUCCGACAUGCAUCAGAGUUAGCAUAACAUUAGACUGUGUGAACUUGCUUACCUGCAAAACUCGAGUAGUUAGAUGCUUAGAGAGAAGUGUCCUCCUGUAUGUGUUUUCUACUGUUAACGUUAAUUAAACUGUGAGAAAUGCAGAGAACUGAGUUUUACCUCCUUCAUCCCAAUUCUACUAUUUAUUUUAUUUAUGUGGUCUUAAAACAGCCCACUAGUGCUUUCAUUUUUUUGUUGUUGUUGUUGUUGUUGUUGAGUUUGGCUGUGGUUGUGGACAAAAACAGUAGUAUUUUUACCUAAAGGACAGCUCCAUUUUUAUUUAUUUUUUUGUUAUCCCCUGUCAAAGAACUUUUUUCAGUUAUAUUUAAUUUCUUUAUUUAGACAAUGUGGAGUGGUCUUAAGACAAAUGCUUACUUUUUGUAUUCCUGGAUAGUUAAAAGCUUAUUAACAAGCUUGUAUUUAUUCAUUGACGUUAGUUUAUGUUCAAUAAUUGCAAUUUAAAUUUGCUUAUAAAAUCUGGACAUUUUUCCUGGAAGUUUUCAAAAUGUUUCUUUCGUAAUUUUUUGAAAAUAAAGGUUUGAAUUAAACGGUGUAGGUUGAACCAAUACACAUAAAAGUUAGUAUAAGUCAAUACAGAUUUAUUUUGCAUUGGUCAUUAAGAAUGUCCCCUCCCCAGCAAAAAGUGUACAUGCAGUUUAUGCCAUAUCGUCCCUACCAAUGUUCAGACCAAACCUACGCCCUUGACUUCUACUGUAGUCGUUGCAGGAACUGUUGUUGUGGGUGGAGCCUUACAGUAAUGUAUAGAAGUUGUGUUUACUCACUGCUGCCAUGCGUGGCGCAGAAAAGGUAAAGCUGAUUAUUCUUUUUUUGUUGUUGUAUGUUUUUUUGUUUUUUUUACUGAAUUUUACACUAAUGAUGUGUUAGCCUUUGUUUUUAUAUUUUCUCUCAUAAAACUAUAUCCCACAGAAGCAUAUUGCUGUCACCACCCCCCAAUAAGUCGAUUAUCGUGAUUUUACAUGAUAAUUAUUACGUUUUUAUGUUUUACAUCAUAGUAUCUCUUAAAAAUGUGAGAAUCAUCAUGUAAAAACGUGGUAACUAUCAUGAAGAAACACGACAAUUAUAAUGUAAAUGUGAUAAUUAUGUACAAACAUAACCAUAACGUAACAACAUAAUUAUGAUGUAAAAAUGGUAUACAAUGUAAAAAAAUAUAUACAGUAUAUAUACAACCAUGAUGUAAAAAUGUGAUGAAUCACCUUUUUACAUGAUAGUAUCAUGAAAAAACCUACUAUGGUGUAAAAAUAUGAUACUUUUUUUUUUUUGGUGUCGCAGCAAUACGCUUCCAUAAUAUCCUGAAAAAAAUUGCACUAACAUUAUAUCCAUUAUUUUUAUUUGACUAUUUCAACCAGUAACCACUCUGAUAUAAUUUCAAUAUUAAUUGAUGUUUUAACUCUAAAACACUCAUAGUGUGAAAUAACUUUAUUGCUAUUAACAUCAAUUAAAAUUUGAGAGGCAAAGAGAUAUUACUUUAUUCCAAGAGGAGUGUAAAACAUGGUAACAAUUUGCAUUUGUUGUCUGGGAUUCAAAACUACAGUAUAUUUUCAUAAUGGCUUUGUAUAUUUUCCAUUAUCUGCAGCAGUCUAACACAGAACCCUCCACAUGUCUUGGAACAAUAAGUUCAAUUUACUUACUUUUGCUGUCCAAUAAAAACAUUGGGUUCAAGCAAUAAAAUAUGAAAAUGUGACAUGACAUCAAAUACAAGCUUUUAUUUCCUCGUACUAAACUGUAUUUGUAUACGAAUCAAAAUCCACAACAGCAGCAAAACGCAAUAUCAAAGGUUCUCAGUGCGACAUUUUGAGCGGUCAUACAAAAUAAAGAGGUGUGUUGUAAAGUUAUUUAAAACUAGGCAAUUUCAUUUGCCAUAAUUUUCGCACUAUAAGGCGCACCUGACUAUAAGCCGCCACACAACAAAUGUGACAAGAAAACGACAUUUCUUCAUAGAUAAGCCACACUGGACUAUAAACCCCAGCUGUCUGCACUGUA